GGUGGGGGCGGGCCCAGGUAGCAGGUUCGGCUGCACUGGUGCUCGCGCGUUGGAGGUAAAUACUAGGGCGGCGGUUGUGGGGCCCCGGUGCCGGCCCGGUAGGCGGGCUAGCGAGACUGGGGAAGGGGCGACGCCCCACCGCCCGAGUUUCUCCCUUUCCAGGGUGAGGACGGUUUUACACAACAACCCGGAGUUCUUUAGUUGAAAGGUGCGCUCUGUUGAAGCAAGGCGUUUUGAUUUGCUGUCUUUUUACAGCAUGGACACCAACUUGCUAAAAACAUGCUUUGGGACUGCCAGUGAAUUUAUCUUUUGUGGUUUUACUACACACUUAGUAGUUCCCUUUUUUUUGAGUUAAUGUUUUGGAGUUAAUAUCACAAUGAGUUCGGGCUUAUGGAGCCAAGAAAAAGUUACUUCACCCUACUGGGAAGAGCGGAUUUUUUAUUUGCUUCUUCAAGAAUGCAGUGUUACAGACAAACAAACACAAAAACUCCUUAAAGUACCAAAGGGGAGUAUAGGACAGUAUAUCCAAGACCGUUCUGUGGGGCAUUCAAGGAUUCCUUCUACAAAAGGCAAGAAAAAUCAGAUUGGAUUAAAAAUUUUAGAGCAACCACAUGCAGUUCUGUUUGUUGAUGAAAAGGAUGUUGUAGAAAUAAAUGAAAAAUUCACAGAGUUACUUUUGGCCAUUACCAAUUGUGAAGAGAGGUUCAGCCUGUUUAAAAACAGAAACAGACUAAGUAAAGGCCUCCAAAUAGAUGUGGGCUGCCCUGUGAAAGUCCAGCUGAGAUCUGGGGAAGAAAAAUUUCCUGGAGUUGUACGCUUCAGAGGACCCUUAUUAGCAGAGAGGACAGUAUCGGGAAUAUUCUUUGGAGUAGAAUUACUGGAAGAAGGUCGUGGCCAAGGUUUCACUGAUGGGAUAUAUCAAGGGAAACAGCUUUUUCAGUGUGAUGAAGAUUGUGGAGUAUUUGUUGCAUUGGACAAGCUAGAACUCAUAGAAGAUGAUGACACUGGAUUGGAAAGUGAUUAUGCAGGUCCAGUGGACACAAUGCAAGUUGAACUUCCCCCUCUGGAAAUAAACUCCAGAGUUUCUUUGAAGCUUGGAGAAACUCUAGAAUCUGGAACAGUUAUAUUCUGUGAUGUUUUGCCAGGCAAAGAAAGCUUAGGAUAUUUUGUAGGUGUGGACAUGGAUAACCCUAUUGGCAACUGGGAUGGAAGAUUUGAUGGAGUACAGCUUUGUAGUUUUGCAAGUGUUGAAAGUACAAUUCUCUUGCAUAUCAAGGAUAUCAUCCCAGAUAGCAUUACACAGGAAAGGAGGCCUCCCAAACUAGCCUUUAUGUCAAGAGGUGUUGGGGACAAAGGUUCAUCCAGUCAUAAUAAACCAAAGGCUACAGGAUCUACCUCAGACCCUGGAAAUAGAAACAGAUCUGAAUUAUUUUAUACCUUAAAUGGGUCUUCUGUUGACUCACAACCACAAUCCAAAUCAAAAAAUUCAUGGUAUAUUGAUGAAGUUGCUGAGGACCCUGCAAAAUCACUUACGGAGAUCUCUUCAGACUUUGGACACGCUUCACCACCACUGCAACCUCCUUCCAUGAACUCACUAUCCAGCGAGAACAGAUUUCAUUCCUUACCAUUUAGUCUGACAAAGAUGCCCAACACCAAUGGAAGUAUUAGCCACAGUCCGCUCUCUCUGUCAGUUCAGUCUGUGAUGGGAGAGCUAAACAAUGCACCUGUGCAGGAGAGUCCACCCUUGGCCGUAUCUUCUGGUAACUCACAUGGCCUGGAAGUGGGCUCGCUGGCCGAGGUUAAAGAGAAUCCUCCUUUCUAUGGGGUAAUCCGUUGGAUUGGUCAGCCACCAGGACUCAAUGAAGUACUAGCUGGACUGGAACUGGAAGACGAGUGUGCAGGCUGUACAGAUGGAACCUUUAGGGGUACUCGAUAUUUCACCUGUGCCCUGAAGAAGGCGCUGUUUGUUAAACUGAAGAGCUGCCGGCCGGACUCUAGGUUUGCGUCCCUGCAGCCAGUUUCCAAUCAGAUCGAACGCUGUAACUCUUUAGCAUUUGGAGGCUACUUAAGUGAAGUAGUAGAAGAAAAUACUCCACCAAAAAUGGAAAAAGAAGGUUUAGAGAUAAUGAUUGGAAAGAAGAAAGGUAUCCAGGGUCAUUACAAUUCUUGUUACUUAGACUCAACCUUAUUCUGCUUGUUUUCUUUUAGUUCUGUUCUGGAUACUGUGUUACUUAGACCCAAAGAAAAGAAUGAUGUAGAAUAUUAUAGUGAAACUCAAGAGCUGCUGAGGACAGAAAUCGUUAAUCCUCUGAGAAUAUACGGAUACGUAUGUGCAACAAAGAUUAUGAAACUGAGGAAAAUACUUGAAAAAGUUGAGGCUGCAUCAGGAUUUACCUCUGAAGAGAAAGACCCUGAAGAAUUCUUGAAUAUCCUGUUUCAUCAUAUUUUAAGGGUAGAACCAUUGUUAAAAAUAAGAUCAGCAGGUCAAAAAGUUCAAGAUUGUUACUUCUAUCAAAUUUUUAUGGAAAAAAAUGAGAAAGUUGGAGUUCCUACAAUUCAGCAAUUAUUAGAAUGGUCUUUUAUCAACAGCAACCUGAAAUUUGCCGAGGCACCAUCAUGUCUGAUUAUUCAGAUGCCUCGAUUUGGAAAAGACUUUAAACUAUUUAAAAAAAUUUUUCCUUCUCUGGAAUUAAAUAUAACAGAUUUACUUGAAGACACCCCUAGGCAGUGCCGGAUAUGUGGAGGGCUCGCAAUGUACGAGUGUAGAGAAUGCUACGAUGACCCUGACAUCUCAGCUGGAAAAAUCAAGCAGUUUUGUAAAACCUGCAACACUCAAGUCCACCUUCAUCCCAAGAGGCUGAAUCAUAAAUAUAACCCAGUGUCACUUCCCAAAGAUUUACCUGACUGGGACUGGAGACACGGCUGCAUCCCCUGUCAGAAUAUGGAGUUAUUUGCUGUCCUCUGCAUAGAAACAAGCCACUAUGUCGCUUUUGUGAAGUACGGGAAAGACGACUCCGCCUGGCUCUUCUUUGACAGCAUGGCCGAUCGGGAUGGUGGUCAGAAUGGCUUCAACAUUCCUCAGGUUACCCCAUGCCCAGAAGUAGGAGAGUACUUGAAAAUGUCUCUAGAAGAUCUGCAUUCCUUGGACUCCAGAAGAAUCCAAGGCUGUGCACGAAGACUUCUUUGUGAUGCAUACAUGUGCAUGUACCAGAGCCCAACAAUGAGUUUGUACAAAUAAACGGGGUCAUCUGGACAGGUGCAGAAACCCAAUGCACAAUUUUAAUGUUGCAUUUCACGCGAGCUGGCAGAUUUGUUCAACGUCCAUUGCCGGCAAUGGAUGUCUUUGUGGUGAUGAUCCUUCAGAAGAGGAUUCCUGCGUUUAAAAACAAAUUGCUUUUGUGUUACUAAAGUAUUUAAUAAGAAGCAUUUUGCACUCUAGAAAGUAUGUUUGUGUUGGUUUUUUAAGAUGCCUAAAUGAAGUUAUUAAUACCUGAAGCUUUAAGUUAAGUGCAUUGAUCAUAAGAUAUUUUUGGAAGCAUAAAAUUUUAAUUGUGACAGUUUAAAACCUCUUUUAGUCCAUUGAGAAUGUAAAUAAAUGUGUCUUCUUUAUGGACCAAGGAUAUGAAAUCAUUUUUCCCUUGUAGCUGAUGGUUGCCUUGAGGAGGAUAUAUUUUGGUUUUAUUAAGAGUCUACUUUCAAUCCAGUUAUUAAAGUUGUACUGAGUUUGAUUUGUUAAUUCUUCCCUGUAUAGUGCUGAUUCCUGCAUGUCUGAAAUCUGCUGAGUUUCUGUGUUUCUGCAGUAGUGGUCAGAAAAGUAUUUAAAUUCCCUUAGUGGUGUUUUCUAUUUGUUCUGGUUUUGAGAUAAAUGAGUGAUUUUGUCAUAAAAUGUCCAUUUUUGAUGUAGUUUUCCUGGAGGAUUAACGUAUACAGCAAUUGAAGCUCUAAAUUCAUAGUAGUAACUGUCAGCUAACAGCUUUUUUUUUAAGGCUCUCUAUUUUAUGCAACAGGGCACAGUAAGUUUUAUUAAAGCGUUGGGGUGAUAAAUAUAUUCCUACACAAAUAUAUAUGGUUCAUAAGAAAAUUAAUUUGGCAUAUAGAAUCACUCAUUAAAAUUUCCCUGAAGAGAUGUAUUGGAUAUCUAAACCUCUACUAUUUUAGAUAAGACUGUCCAGAACUUAGAUCAGUACCUGCAUUAAAUUCCAUCUGAUUUCCCUUGAGAUAAUGACAAUUACGAAUCAGAUAUUUUAUUGAAAUGUUAGCAGCAGCUUUGCCUUCCUCCUGAUUAGAUAAGUAGAAGAUGGGUGUUUUUGUAGCUAAUAUCCGUAGUGUGUGUCUGUUGUAGACUAGAAGCAUUGGCUGUAAAUGUAAGUGCUGUGGGAUGUGUUGUAUGGCGUCAUCGUCUCUCUGGAAUGACUUCCCAACCACGUGGAAAGGCAGACGCUGUCACGUGUGUCUAGCAUAUGACUUCAUAAAACAUUGAAUGUCCAAAAAAAGGGAAAGAAUCCUUGCAAACCCUGCAAUUGUUUCUUUUUCAAGUCACGUUUACUUUUUGGUUCUGUCAUUCCAUUUUCCUAAUAUUUAUUAGCUUUAUAAAUCAUAAUAAGGUACAAAAAGUU